UACACACUUGAGAGCCAGUGUCAGCUGUAUGUAAACAAUAACAAACCAACAGCAGCGAAACAAAAUUACGAAAAUUCCCGAUUUUCUCAUAUUGUAAAACACAAUUGGGGUCAGAAAUUUAUUCCAAAUUCGUAAUUACUGUAUUAACUAGCUUCCCUCAUUUCGCUGUUUAGUUUUGUAACUGACGUUUGGAAAACCGAAAACGUGAUUCAUCAAAUGCAGGCAGCGUGUGUAUCAACAGCACGGCGUACUCAUGUUUCAGUAUACUGUGCAAUACCUCCAGUGUCGCUAUAUGACGCAACGGUAUGCUCAUUGCGAUAUUCAAUGCAAUACCUUCGAUAUAAAGUACACCGCGGACCAUCGAGUGCAGUUCAGUUGUCAAUGGCCGGUGAUUUUCGACGGAGUUGGUGUUUCACGGUGUAACUUACCAAAGUAACAACGAUGGAUAAAAGGAAACUAAACAAAAGCAACUUUAAGGACGAUCCACUGCAUUGGUGUGCGGCAAACAAUUGGCCAAAGGAGGUUCACAAAUGUUUGGAAAAAGGUGAUAAUCCUUACCGUCCCAACAAGGAUGGGCUUUCUCCUAUGCAUGCUGCGAUUGCACACAAUGCAUAUUUAGCAGUAAACAUAUUGCUAGAACAAUACACAUCACACCUAGCAAUCGUAAAAGAGCACAUGGAGAAAAGGUUCCUGUGGAAAAAGGAAAAUUGCAGCUGGAAAAAACGACCCAUCCUGAUCGCCUGCACGGCAGAGGAACGUGGGCAAGUGCAACUGGUGGCUAGUUCCUGUCCAUCGGCUAUCCCAUUCAAUGUGCAAGUGUUCGUGUUUUUUCUAACUCCACACUACGGCAGUCAACUGGUCGCACUUGACGUGUGUUCCGCGCAAAAGCAAUCUGCUGUGCUGCAGUGCAUAAAUAUGCUACUACCUAAUGGUGUUUUGUCGGUGGACAGAACCGAUCCACGAAAAGAUAGCAUGACCUACCUGCAGACAGCUUGCCUAUACGAACGUGUAGAAAAGUUUAGAACUCUACUAGAACAUGGUUCACAACUUUCCGCUACGGGAGACGGUGAAAGUAUUCCGCUAAUGACAGCCUGUCGGACUAUGAAGCUGGAUAUCGUAAAACUACUGCUAACGAAAUACGUAAACCAUUACGACCCUACCGUUGUGGACAAUCAGCAGAAAAAUGCGUUUCACAUCAGCUUGGAAAAAAAUAAUCCAAAGCUAACAGAUUACGUGCUGAAGGCGCUGAUAAAGUAUCGGACGGCAAGAUUCGGUGAAACGGAGUCGGAAGCGUUUAAUCGAAUUUUUCCAUACAAAUGUGAGGAAUAUAAUUACAUGACCACAUGGUCACUUAUUAGGCCAAAUUUGAAGGAGAUGUGUGGCCGAUAUGUACUGCAAUAUCGACUCGAUCUGUCGCACUGCAACGGCGAGCGCCUGAACGUCGUAGAAUUGCUCUCGAGAAAGAUAGCACUUGAUUACUGUUUUGAGGAAAUUCGUCGUAAUCCGGACAUUUUAAAAUUGAAAGAAGAAGACGAAACGACCGUGCUCCAUCAUCUCUUUAAGCACAACCACCUAGAUUUGAUCCAGGAGCUUUAUGACCAGCAUCCUACCGUGCGAGUAUUUUUCGAAACCAAAGCAGCCUUUGAAGUUCUUCGUGUUACUUUAACCCAUCGGCAGGUAGAUAGACUUAUCUUAAUACUAGAACAUCAUAAAGAGUAUCUACGUUCUAAACCCGACGAACUGGAGGAAUAUGCCAUCGGUCAAACUUGGUUCGAUAGAUCCGUGUACAGAGAACCAUUUGCACUGUUAGCUGCUGCAUUCCCAGAGAAGGAGGAUGUAAUUAACGACACCAUUGCACAAGCGACUAAACUGCAACAAAAGAAAUCUUUUACGGAUAGAUUUAAUGCACUGAACAAGUUGUUCGAACCCGAAUUUGCCUCAUUGAAAGAGGAAGGUGUACUGUUGGAGAAUCUGGUAGACGAGCAUGAAAGGAACGUUCUGCAUCAAGCAGUGGAAUGGGAUGAGCUAGCUUUGAUCAAGAAUCUACUCAACUGUGGAAUCGAUCUUAACCGAAAAGAUGGCGAAGGCAAUUUGCCCAUCUUUUUCGUCCGAAGUAUAGCUGCGCUCGAUAUGCUUUACGAUAAAACGCCCGUGGAUGCAACGAUCACCAACGAUACCGGGUACAACUUGCUCCAUCACAGUAGCCGUCUCGGAAGCCACGUUGGCGAAGCGAUACAGACGAAACUGUUGCAGCUAGGGUUUGAUGUAAACCAACCAACGCACGAUGGUAAUGUGCCUUUAUCGCUUGCCGGCUGCUGCUCUACGGUACGGUUUCUGCUCAAACACGGCGCAAAUGUGGAGCUCAUUAAUGGGAGCGCAUUGGUGAACACACUGUACCGCAAACAGCACUGUGCGGGUUGGGCAUUGAUACUGAAAAUCGCACACCUACCCUGGUUCGAGGAGAUUGCACACGUGUUCCUGCCCUGGUUGCUUGGCAACCAAAAUCGUGACUUUUUCACCUGUAGCUCGGGUGAUUAUUUGGAAAAGUAUCCCGAGAUACGGAAACAACUAUUCGACAGUCUCUAUAAACAUUCGCGCGAUGAAGCGUCUACCUUUUUCGGCACAGUGUGCCAUCGGGCAAUCAAUUGCUGUGCCAGAUGGUUCCUAGAUUAUGGAUAUGAUAUCGAUAUCGAGGUGCAAGAUGAUUAUCGUUAUACACCGCUGGUGGGACUGCUUAGCUACAUGGAAGAACCGAACCUGGACGUUGUGGAGCGUCUGCUAAAGAAAGGUGCCAACGUAAAUACUAGAAAUGAUUGGGGAAGAAACGCUUUGCUUGCUAUCGUUUGUAACUUUAGAUCGGCACAAUGGUAUGGACACACGCUGACCACAAUCGACAUGUUGCUUGACUAUGGCGCAGACAUUAACAUUCAGGAUAAUGAUGGAAACACCGCACUACACUAUGCGUUUAGUGAUAUGCAUAUAGAAUUAGCAGAGUUACUAAUCGUACGAGGAGCCGAUCGAAAGAUUAAAAAUAACGCAAACAAACUACCAUAUCAAAUGGUUAGUAAAGAUUUGCAACCUUUAUACGCGUUCCUAGGGAACUAAGGAAAUUUUACUUUAAAUGUGACUGCACCAAAGAUGUUUAAAGUACAACUUUAAAUAGUACAAGACCGAAACGUAUUCUAAAAAUAAUUAAAGAAUAAAUAUAAGCCCUUUGCUUGUUGGGGUGAAGUAGCAAAGGCAGAUCGACGCGCAUUUCUGUGUUACAUUUUGUUAUGAUUUCUUCGCUACGAAUGGAGCAAAAAAAAAGCGCCUUACAACCAACUAUUCUGUGCCGUGUAAUUACAUUUAUCAGCUUGCCGGAAACAACGUGGUAGUGUGUGGAACCAAACCUCUCCCUGUCUAGGCUGCUGUUGCUCACCCUUCCCAUAGCGUGUAAGCUGCACGAUCGUUGUUCUUGCCCACUCGCUGGUGGUAUUUAUGUUUUGAGAACAUUAUCAGCAUCUCUGGCUUGUGGCCGUUAUCAGGCCACGUUUCGUCAUGCUCGUUCCGCUUUCUUCCUGUAGUUAUCUCGCUUUCU